AUGUUGGUAAUUGUGACUAUUCUCUUGUUACAGUUACGCCGCCAGGCCCGCCUACGCCGUGAGUACCUGUACAGGAAGUCCAUCGAAGAUAAGGAGAAAACAAUACAGGAGAGGAAACAGCGGCUCAAGAGAGCGCUUGACGAGAACAAGCCCAUCCCUACAGAGCUGAGGAAGGAUGUGAAGGAACUGGAGAAAGCCCUUCAGUAUGAUGACCUGGGAGCAGAAGCUGAACAGGACCACAUGGAUGAUGAGUACAGGUGGGCAGGUGUGGAGGAUCCCAAAGUCAUGUUAACCACCUCCAGGGAUCCCAGCUCCAGGCUCAAACAAUUUGCAAAGGAAAUGAGACUAGUGUUCCCCAAUGCCCAGAGGUUAAACAGAGGUCAUUAUGAGCUAGAGCAGCUAGUGGAGGCCUGCAGGGCUAAUGAUGUCACUGACUUUAUCAUCCUCACAGAGCACAGGGGAGAGCCAGAUGGGAUAAUCAUCUCUCACUUGCCAUAUGGACCCACGGCAUACUUCACCCUGAUGAACACCGUUAUGAGACACGACAUCCCCAACAUCGGCACCAUGUCAGAACAGUACCCCCACCUCAUCUUCAACAACUUCUCAUCCAAACUGGGGGAAAGGGUGAAGAGCAUCCUGAAGUACUUGUUCCCAGUACCCAAGGAGGACAGUCGCAGGGUCAUGACCUUUGCUAACCAGGACGACUUCAUCUCCUUCAGACAUCAUACAUACAAGAAGACAGACCACAGGAACAUUGAGCUGCAAGAAGUAGGACCAAGAUUUGAAAUGAGAUUGUACUCCAUCAAGCUGGGUACACUAGACCAGGUAGCAGCCGCCGACACAGAGUGGCAACUACGGCCUUACAUGAACACAGCCAAGAAGAGGAAAUUCCUAAGUGACUAAGUGAUAUUCCUAC